CGGCUCCACUACUACAUCCGGGACAUUGUGUCAGGUUCACGUGUCGGCUCAGCUGUCAGGACUCUGCUGCAUGUGAAGAAGCUCCGGCUGCUUCUCCACCUCCUCCACCUUUAACUCCAGCUAUCGAGAGAAGAGAUGGCGCUGAUGGGAAUCCAGCUGGUGGUCAGCUUGCUGGCUGCCAGCAUUAUGCAGAGGAUGGCUCCGCAUUGUUCGUUCGCACGCUGGCUCCUCUGCAAUGGCAGUCUGUUCCGGUUCAAACACCCGUCAGAAGGAGAGCUGUGCGCGCUGGCCGGGAAGCAGAUGCCCAAACAGAACAGGAGAGACAGGAGACAGAAUGGGGAGAGCAAACCUCUCACUGUGCCCAAAGACAUCGACCUUCACCUGGAGAAAGCUCCAGUCAACACCAUUGACGCUCUUGUCCUGCGUUUCUUCCUGGAGUACCAGUGGCUGGUAGAUUUUGCAGUCUAUGCAACGGGCGUCUUCCUGUUCACCGAGUGUUACUACAGCGUUGUAGAUGCCAGAAAAGAGGUCAACAUCGGAGCCAUCUGGUGUGUCCUGACUGUUCUCUUCAGCUUAAAAACCCUUCACACUCUGAUGAGCCACUACUUUCGCUCUGAAGAGGGCGGCGAGCGCUCGGUGUGCCUUGCCUUUGGCUUCCUGUCUCUGCUCGUGGCCAUGCUGGUGCUGGUGGUCAGAGAGGACUAUCUGGAGUUCGGCCUGGAGUCGGGCUUUUCUAGCCUCUUUGACAAUUUGGAAAUCUUUGCCAAACAGCAGGGCUACGCUGACUGGUCAAUCCCGGUGACCAAACUGACCGUGAAGCUCGGUCUGGCCGCUGUCUGUGCUUAUAUCGGAUCUCUCCUGGCCUUCCCCGGCCUGCGACUGGCUCAGACACAUCUCGAUGCCGUACAGAUGAACUCAGACCGCCCGCUCAUCCAGAUUCUGCUGCACAUGAGCUUCCUGUCUCCAGUCGUCGUGUUGAUUCUCUGGGUGAAACCCAUUGCAAGGGACUUCCUGGCCAAUGCACCUAUGGGGAAGACCUCUAUCACAAUAGUCUCCAGCGCGGCAUUCGACAGCAUGCGCCUGUGGAUCAUCGUGGCGAUGUGUGCGCUGCGGCUUGCGCUGACUCGUUACCACAUGCAGGCCUACCUCAAUCUGGCUCAGAAGUGGGUGGAGCAGAUGAAGAAGGAGGCAGGACGCAUCGCAGCGAUUGACAUUCAGAGAAAGGUCACGCGGAUCUUUUGCUACCUGACCGUGAUUACUCUCCAGUAUCUGGUUCCUAUUUUUCUCAUCCUGUUCUCCACACUGGCACUCAAGGCACUAGGGGACUUCUCCUGGCAGACCGGUGCUGAGGAGACCCCCGGGGUGACACCAGCCCUGGUGAUGCCCACAGCAGCACCCGUGCAGCCCGGUGGUCUCGAUGAAGACGAAGAGGGGGUGGAUGAUAUGGAGGAGGACAUCCAGGCCACAGUAGCGCGCCUGUCGGAGACCUUCACAGCGCUGCGAUCUGUCCUCACACCGCUUUUCUUCCGAGGUUUCUUCGCCUUCCUCACGUGGUGGGUGGCUGCCUGCCAGGUCAUCAGCUCUCUGUUCGGCAUCUACUUCCACCAGUACCUUAUGCAGAACUAACUGAGGAGUGCCACGAAGUCCUACCUGCAGUGCGACUCCAGCCCACAGCUGUUGUUAUGCCGUUGCGAGAGACAGCAGAGGGGACAUUUCAUUGAAACACACAAAUACAGACAGAAUGCACCUUGUUUUUUCGGCUGCAACAGAAGUUUUGAGCGAGGUUUGUUGAGAGUAGACAGAUGAAUGGGCGCUGUCUGCUGCAACAUUGACUAUCUUGUUGCCAUUAUGACUUUUUGUGACCAGCAGGCUUCUGGUAUCAAUAACACAGUGGGCCUGUAUCACAAAACAACUUUAGUCUGGCACUCUUUGCGUUGCCUGACGUUUAAUCGCACGUAUCACGAAGGUGGUUUUAUCGGCUGGUUCGGUUAACUCGGGGGUUUACUGAUCCAGCUACAGGUCAGUUAUUAAUUACAUGCGACAUCAAAAGAACACAGUGAUAUCACACACAUGGAAUAGGAUAAGCAAUAAUUUCCAAAUUAUACAAGUAAGACUAUAUAAAAGGGUAAGAAUUAAGUCUGUUUCUUUAAAUCUCUCAAUUAAAAGUGACUUAUAAACAGUUAAAGCAAAGAAGAAAAGAAAGAAAUUGCAAAUACGAUAGUACGAUAACCAUUUAUUUUUGUCUCAUCGAUUCUCCUCCUCCAUAAAAAAUGUCUCUAUUGCUCCUUAAUAUUUGUCCCUUUUAUUGUAAAGUCAAUAUUUCCGUCCAUGUUGGGAUCCCAUAGAAACGAUGACCUUUUGUUUAUCCAUCCAUCUGAUGAUUGAAGACAGGUUAACCGUGCAGCAUCAGUUACCACGGUGAUCAGUUCUCCCGAUUUAAAAGUGAGCCAGCUUCGUGAUACCGAGGGGGGAGAAAAAACAAAAAAAAAACGAGAGCUAAGCUACCCAAAGAUGUUCAGCGAACCCGCUGAUGAGGCUUUGUGAUACAGGCCCCCUGGUCAUCUUCCAGCUACUUCAGCGGGACGUUUUUUCCCUGCAACUUUUCAGAUGUAUCUAU